CAACAACCUUCCCGAAGCCACCGCAACACCGGUUGAGAACGAGUGGCGUAGUAAUUGCCAAUCUUGACGAUCAAACUUGAUACAAGAUGUCAAUUCGGGGUUUACUGUACUUUACCGGUACAUAGCUGCGCGCCUUAGCUACCUACCGAUAUUAACAGUCGUAGUAAUCCCAGCCGAGCUACCUAUGUCACCUCAAACCCCACCUCAGUGGGGACAGCCGCUCUGAACCUUAUGACGACACGACUUCAUUGCCGACCAACUGGAACAAAAGCCUCAUCAAUGGUACCUUAGGCAAAAGGCGCCACUGCACAUUGCAGCACAGCAACGCCGUCUUUUGUUUGACGAAUAAGACAUCAGGUCCACGCCAUUUUGGGAACGACAAGCAAGACAAGCUACUCGUGCGGUUCCGUGACUGCUCUGCCUUGUCUGCCUCGGCUCUGCGUUGUUUACCGUGCUAGGAGAACCGGAGAACCAACCGUAUACGUCACAAGACUUCGAAUGAAAUGCGAUUGUCGUGGAGCCCAAACAUUGCACAUGCUUUACCAUGGCAAACCACAUACGUCGUAGACGCUCCACAGCACAAAUCUCGAUCGCGUACUUGUCAACAUGCAUACGUGGUUGGUGCUGCACGCAGGUGCUCAGGUGGGCAUUUUCCGUGCCAAUAACCUGCACCCUUUGGUGACCCUUGAGCGACCCUUGAGGCUACCCCGGAAGAACAAAGACCAGCCGUCCGCCAAUACCCCGAGCAUCGAAAACGUCAAAUGCGGGAGAUCGUCCUAGGGUCGUUAAAUGCCUUGGAAAAUCCCAGCCACGAAGUUUCACACAAUAGGGGCUUGGCUUUGAACCUCGCGGGAUUUCAUUAACCACCGCAGCAAGGUCCCGCGCGGUGCAUCUGCCUGCCACCAGAGGCGAAAGCUUGUUCAGCUUAUUGCCCUAUUGGACGAGUGCGUGUUUGUUAUUGCCGUCGCAUUCCAAUUCCGUAUGGAGGCUUACGAUGUGUUGCACUCAUCAAGAUGUAGAGUGCCAGCAGACGUGCAGGACGCGUGGCUUCGGGGAGGACGACAUCAAUGUGUACAGCAUAAGGUAGUGGAAAAUACAUGUGGCUAAGGGGCAACCCGCGUGGCCAGCAAGUACCGGAUGCCCAAGUUACAUAGCAUGGAAGCUACCUAGGUACCUACCGGUAGAUAAGGUCGGUACAUAUAUAAUAAGACAGGCAUAUUUAGCCAAGAAUUGACCUUCGGUACAAAUUACCUACUAUUGCCCGGUCUAAGCAAGUUCAGGUCAAGCCAAUACCCAUUAAAGUAAUAAUAACAUGCAAACUUUCAGCUUGGU